AUGCCUGCCGCACCGAAGCAGAGAAAGAUCGCCAUUGUUGGCAGUCGCUCCGUGGGUAAAUCCUCACUCACGGUCCGCUUUGUCGAGCAUCACUUCGUCGAAAGCUAUUACCCUACCAUUGAGAACACCUUCAGCCGAAUUAUCAAACACAACGGCCAAGACUAUGCGACUGAGAUUGUUGAUACUGCGGGACAGGAUGAAUACAGCAUCUUGAACUCGAAACAUUUCAUUGGAAUCCAUGGAUAUAUUAUUGUCUAUUCAGUCACAUCCCGCCAGUCCUUUGAGAUGGUGCGAGUAAUUCGAGACAAGAUUUUGAACCACCUGGGAGCGGAUGAAGUACCUCUUGUUGUUGUAGGCAACAAGAGUGAUCUUAAGCCCGAACAGCGCCAGGUCUCUCUUGAUGAGGGUCGCCAAUUAGCAGAGGAGGUCAACUGUGCAUUCACCGAGGCCAGUGCUUUCCUUGAUUACAAUGUGACAAAGGCCUUUGAUCUUAUGAUCGGAGAGGUUGAGAAGACCUCCAAUCCCUCACAACCCACUGGAGGAAACAAAUGUAUCUUGAUGUGA